GCUCUGCUCACCAUGCAGUUGUCCAGUGUCUCCCUGCUGCUCCUGGGGGUGUCCCUGGGUCUGGCCUCUCCUUCAGAGCUCUGUGAAGUGAAGCUGGAGCGUGGGGACUGUCCCAUGUUCUGGUUCAGCUUCAACGGUCGCUGUUAUAAGUAUGUGGCAGCUCAUAUGACCUGGGCCGACGCGGAGCUGCAAUGUGUGUCCCAAAAAUCCAACCUGGCAUCGAUCCACAGCCUGGAAGAGAACAACUUUAUUCAAACUAUGAUUCAAAGUUACCAUCCAAUGCAAAGCAACACCUGGAUUGGACUCAGCGACCUCCACAAGGAAGCUGCUUGGAUGUGGUCUGAUGGGUCACCGGUGGACUUUGAGCUGUGGGGUAGUGGACAACCUGACAAUGCAGGAGCCCUUGAAGAUUGUGUUGCACUUAACUUGGAAGACGAAGCAAAGUGGAAUGACAGCAGAUGUUUCAAUACAUUUCCGUUCAUCUGUGCAUCACACAAACUGUGUGUCAGUAACAUUUAAUUCCCAAAUCUAUUA